UGCGUGACAGUGCAAAGGAGCAAAGGAUUGUAAACAGAGGUUCUUACACAUGCUUAGCUUCGUUGAGUUGAAAGUACAUAUUUGAAAAGGAACAGAACAAGGCUGAUUAAGAAAUACAUGAAAGGAGAACGUCUUCCAGUUACAGUAUCAGCACUUAUUAAAUGAUCAAAUACAAAAUAUUAAAGAAUAACAUAUUAUACAGUCUCAAUUGUUGAUUCCGUGAUUUAAAUAUGAGGUAAGAGUUAAAAUAUCUUUAAGACGCUGCUAGAUUUUUUUUAUUGAACAGUACCUGAUAUGAACCAGUCAUUGCGCAGUUGCAAAAAGUUUGUGCAUUUGGAUCUGAAAGGGGCACCUCCUAGAAUUGGCUACCUAAUUGAGCUGAUCCAGUUAUUUGCUGAUCUUGGUGCCAAUGGCUUGCUCAUCGAAUAUGAGGAUAUGUUUCCCUAUGAAGGAGAGCUGAAAGUUCUUCAAUCUACAACUCAGCCUCCAUACAGGCGUGAUGAGAUUGUGUCUAUCCAGGAUGCUGCCUACAGUAGAGGGCUGGAGAUCAUUCCCCUGGUUCAGACAUUUGGACAUUUGGAAUUUGUCCUGAAGCAUGAGGUGUUCAGAGAUCUGCGGGAGGUGGACUACUGUCUGGGCACCCUGAACCCACACCGUGAUGCAGGAGUUAGGCUGGUGCAAGAGAUGCUACAACAAGUCAUGAAGCUCCACCCUAAAAGUACCAGCUUGCACAUCGGAGCCGAUGAGGUGUACAUGCUCGGUCAUGGAGAUGAGUCCAAACAUUGGUUAGAUGUUCCAGGUCGGAGCGUUCACCAGCUGUUCCUCAGUCAUGUCAUUAAGGUGGCAAAGGCCGUUCAGGAGAGUGCGCCCAACCUUAAUUUGAUCAUGUGGGAUGAUAUGCUCAGGUCCAUGACCCCUGAGACCAUUAAAGAGAGUGGUCUUGUUGGAUUAGUGCAACCAAUGUUGUGGGAUUACAGCCCUACUCUAGAUGUGGAGAACACUGUCAUGCUAAUGGAACGAUAUAAGUCUGUGGGUAUGUCACAGCAGUGGGCCGCCAGCUCUUUUAAAGGCUCGACCACUGUGCACACCUGUGUGACCAGCACUCAGAGACAUCUGGACAACCAUUUACAAUGGCUCAAAGUAGCAUCCAGCCUGUCAGCUGGCAUUAAGAUACAGGGAAUUGCUCUAACUGGAUGGCAAAGAUAUGACCACUUGUCUAUUUUGUGUGAGCUGAUGCCUGUGGCUUUGCCCUCUCUGGGGUCCUGUUUGCAAACUCUUCUGCAUGGUGGCUUUACUGAAGAGGCUCAAAAGAAGGUGGUUGAGAAACUUGGUACUGUGGAUGUAGAAGACACAGAGAGAUUGUCUUCCAGGACGUCUUCCUCCUUUGCUGGGGCAAAACUAGCUGAACUCAUAGUGAAGCUGACGUCUUUGCUGGAGUCUGCAGAACUGAGACAUUUUCAGAACAAUAUGUUUGUGAGGGGCUGGUUCACACCCUACCACAGGCAAAAAAAGACAAUUAACCCACUUAUUGCACAACAGAUUAAAACACAGGCAAAAAUUAUUCUUGAUGCUGUGGAGAGCCAGGUGCAAGAGGUGAGAGGAGAGAUGUGUCUGCUGUACUCAGACUCUACAGUUCAGGAAUGGGUGGACCAACACAUCACUCCAGUGCUGGAGCCUCUGCACAACCUACUGAGAGACAUUGAAACUGUUUUAAAUGAAAUGGGACUUUGUACCGAAUCCAUAUCUUAAAGUUAGUCAACAAGUUUCUUUUGAAAACUUUCUUCGGUUCCAUUCAAGCUAGACUGUACUUGCAGUACAAUGUAAAACUGAAUGAAACAACUGAGAAAGCUUGUGUUUGUGAAUCACUGUUGUAUUAUUUUAGUUUUAAAAAUUAUAUUUUUGUUUGUAUUAUAAAGGUAAUGAAAUAACAUUAUUGUAAUAUUUAUUUUAAAACGAUUACCAACCAAUAUGUACAUAAAUGAAAUCUCUCAUUCUGACUUUGUGCUUAAUAAACGUUUU